CCGCUCUGAGGCUGAGCGUUUGAAAAAUAAUAAACAGCGGAAGCGCCGCGCGGAGCUCCGCAGUGAUGAAGAUAAGUGAGUUUGACUCGUCUGAUGAAGAGGAGGCAGGAGAUGAAGAACACACUCCUCUACAGAUCUCCUGGUUGUCCCUGUCGGUGGUCGAGUGCUCUCAGUUUUUGGGUAUUUGCUCUUUGCCAGGGUGCAGAUAUAAAGACGUCAGAAGAAACCUGGAGAAAGAUGUUGGUGAUCUGUGUGCGGAGGGGGUGGAGGAUGUCUUCGUGUUCUGUACACGUGCAGAGCUGGUGCGGUACCGAGUGCCAUGUCUGUUGGAGCGCUACACAGAGCGCGGCCUCUGUGUGCACCACCUGCCCUUUCCUGAUGGCGGCGCUCCAGAGCUGCCUCAGUGCUGCCGCAUCCUGGAGGAGCUCCAGCUCAGCUUGCAGAACCAGCGCAGAACCGUCAUACAUUGUUAUGGGGGUCUCGGCCGUUCUGGACUCAUCGCUGCAUGUUUGCUGCUGCACCUCUCCGUCUCCAUGACGCCCAGUAAAGCCAUAGACAUCCUGAGGGAGCUCAGAGGAAGCGGCGCCAUCCAGACCGUCAAGCAAUACAACUUCCUUCACGAGUUCCGGGAGAAGUUUGCAGCCUAUCAGGAAACCAAAGGGACAGUUUCGGAGAGAUCCGUCUCCAGAUAGAGACGCUGAGUCUGCACUGAUCAUCGCUUUUAAACCCACAGAAUCUGAUCAGGAGCUCCUCUCUCCGCUUUAGCGCUGGGAUUAUGGAAACGGAGGAAAUUAGCAGGAGAGUUUUUUUCCUAAUGGCACUUUAAAUGUUGUUUGUUUAUAUCUUGUACUUGAUUUAAUGUCCAGCUUAAUCCAGCAUCUCUAUAUCAGCCUGUGAACACACUGAGCACUAUGCCUUUAUUUUCAACACUUUGCCUUUGAGAGAUUAAAUGUGCUUAAAUAACGUUUCACAGAAAACAACUGUCUUAUCAAUUAACAAGGUCUUAUUAGAUGUGAUUGUUAUUUAAGCUUUGAGUGAAAGAUCUUCAACAUCUCAGAAUAAUAAAUUAAAAUGAAACUCCAGUCUUCUGUAAACAGCCUUAUUCCACGUAUUCUGAGCCAGUGAGUAGAUUUACGAAGCUAUUGGUGAAACAUUUCAUGAAUAUUUAUGAAACAGUGUGGUAUUAAUCUUAAUCUUGGACUUAAUCUUGUUUUUUAAUGGGAAAUCCUGCACGUGAUGAAAGCUAAUUGCUGAAAUAAUGUGAUGAACUCAAGCUUAUUACCGGCCCAAGAGAACUCGUCUGGAGUGUUGUGACCGUGGUGGUCCCUGCGCUGGACCACCCUGAAGUUAUCGAGCCCUUGUGAUGUCAAUAGGUACACACUUAAAAAUGAUAGUUCUUCAGGUGUUCUUUAGUUAAGACAAUGGCUUUGUAUAGAACCUUUUUGAAAAGGGUUCUGCUAUUGUUACAAUGUCAGGCUUGUUACUAUAGAAGAACCCUUUUCCAAAAGGUUCUCAAUGGAAUCAUCUACAGCACAUUCUCCAUCAAUCUGAACAGCUGUUUCACAAUGGUAGGAUCCCUUUAAUCAUGCAAAGGGUUCUUUAAAUGUUUAU